AUGAAUUCCAGAAACGUUUUUAUAAAGAAUUUCGGUACUUCACUGGACGAUGAAGGUUUGAAGAAGUUAUUCGUUCAAUUUGGUGACAUUGUGAAUGCAAAGGUGAUGAAAGACGAACUUGAUAUUUCCAAGGGGUUUGGUUUUGUUUGUUUUAAGAAUGCGUUGGCAGCUGAAAGAGCAAUCGCUGAAAUGAACGGUUUUAUAUUAGCCAAAAAGAAGCUUUAUGUUAGUUGUGCUCAGUCAGCUGCUGAACGCCAAAAGUUUCUUGCAAGAGAAAGGGAUUUACUACCGACUGAGAGCAGUCAGUCUGAUGCCAUUGCAAAAUUCAUAAGUAAAUAUCGCAAAACAAACUUUGCUUGUACCAGCGAAAAAGAAACUUCGAAGCCCAAAGAAGUCGACGUCGAAGCUGAUCACUAUCGAACAAGUCCCAGUAACCCCAACACCGGCAAACAAUUAACUAAAACUAGUUCCUCGGUUUUAGCUCGACAUCCCGGUGAUGGAAGGUCAAUUUCAUCAUGUAUUAAAUUGUUUUCUCCUUCAUCAACCGAUCCGAAACAGAGACGGUCAUCUAGCAAUUCACCAGUCCCUGUGUCGCCGCCAAACGAAUUGUCUACUUACAAUGAUUUGCAAAAGAAAACCCUAGCCAGUCUCUCCGUCACAAAACAAAAAAAAAUAUUGGACAAUCUGCUGUACGACCAGGUUAUGCAAAUUACCAACAACAACGCCGGUAAAAUCACUGGCAUGCUGUUGGAAUUGGACACAUCGGACAUUUUGUAUCUUCUCGACUCUGCUCCCGUUUUGCGAGAGAAAGUAGAGGAGGCCGAGCAAAUUUUGUGGCAACAGCAGGAACAAGAGGAACAGCAGCCACCUUCUUCUUGA